UCCACUUUACAUUCUUAAUGCUUCUCUCCAUUUCUUUUCUCUUUUUUUCUUUGAUCAAACCCUUCAAACAGUCAAUUACAACCAUUUCAAACCAUUGCACAAGCUUAAAUUCAUCCAUUUCCUUUUGAAACCCUCACCUAAUUUGAGAUUUGAGAAGAAAUGAUCUCCCAGGGAGAAGGAGAACGUGAAAGUGAACUAAUAUUAGAUAAAGAGCAAAACAGAUUUUUGAUCAACAACGAUAACAAAGAAGAAACUGACGAUCUUAAUAGAGGAGAGUGGCUGAACCUGAGCCUAGGUAGGAAUUUGCUCUCAACAGAGGGAGAUACAGACUCACAGUCAAGACCAGCUUCUAGCAAGGUGUUUUCCUGUAACUUCUGCAUGAGGAAGUUCUUCAGCUCGCAGGCAUUAGGGGGUCACCAGAACGCCCACAAGAGAGAAAGAGGUGCAGCCAGAAGAUACCAGUCUCAAAGAAUGAUGUCAAUGAUGGGAUUUCCGUUCACUACUUCUAUGGUUAGAUCACUCAGCGUUCAGCCUCACUCACUUGUGCACAAGCCAGGCAGAGAUGAAACUUCACUUGUAGCAAGAUUCAAUGAUGCAAAUACAAGGUUUAGCAUGAGGCCUUUCACACUGGACGAUGUAAUGGAUUCUAUGUGGCCAGGCAGCUUCCGGUUGGAUUCACAAGUAUUAGAGCCACAAUCAGAGCCCUGCAAGCUUGACUUAAACCUUCGGCUCUGAUCCAUCCAUCCUACUACCCUAGUUUGGAACUUUGUUUUAUAACUUUUCUUUUGGAAGAGGUCUCAAUUAUUUUCUACCAAGUACAGAACUAGCAUAGGUUAGAGGCCUACUUGGAGAGUCAUCCUCUGUUUAUCUACCCAGUGAAACUAGGAAAGAUACUGAGAAGUUCCUACUGUUUUAGGCAUGUUAUAAUAUUGAAGUUAUUUCCUAUUCCAUGAUGCAUGCAAUAAUCUCAGGUGCAUUAUGUCUCAUGGAAAUGAGUUCUUAUGAGGUUUUUCUAUUCUGCUACUGAUUAUCAACUUCUAGCUUUGUUGUAUCUAUGGCUCAAACAAUGCUAUGGCUUUUCCCAAUAUUGACUUGGCAAGAUUCUAGCCUAAGAGCCACCCUAACCCCAGCCUGCUUUUACCGCUCAAAAGCUACAUCCCUGAGGCCUUCAGAAAGGUCAAAGCAUAGGCAUAGCAACUCUAAAAACUCGGAGAUUUUGAAAGUAACAACAAAGUUCUGACAUGUCAUAUUUUUGUAUGCAUGUGAGAGUUUCAGUAGCCAAGACCGCACACCUAGGUUGUAAGUCAAAAGAAAGAGUUUUGCACUUGUACAACUUUACUUCCUUAAGCUCCACAAAGAAUCAGAUAAUAUGAAAA